CAGACGCUAGAGUCGUUUUAAGUUAACGACCCUUGGCUUUCUUUUAGAGCCAGAAUCUCUCCUCAAUAAUUUAUUCAAUUAAAAUGUCACAAGUUUUGAGAGCAAUGGCGACCUUAUCCAACUCGCUCCAUCUCAACCACGGCCUCUCCCUCGGGUGCCGUCAAUCCUCUUUUCUGUCUCCGCCCACCGCCUCCACUUCAUUCGGAUUCACGAGCUUCCGCAGACGGUUUGUCAGUGCGUCCGCUUCUUUUGACAACGACAAUCGAGAGUAUGUGAUUGUUGGAGGAGGCAAUGCCGCGGGAUAUGCAGCGAGGAGUUUCGUCGAACAUGGUAUGGCUGAUGGCAGGCUCUGUAUUGUGACGAAAGAGCCACAUGCGCCAUAUGAAAGACCUGCUUUGACAAAGGCAUAUCUGUUUCCUCUGGACAAGAAGCCAGCUCGCUUACCUGGUUUUCAUACUUGUGUUGGUUCUGGUGGUGAGAGGCAAACUCCUGAUUGGUAUAAGGAGAAGGGGAUCGAGAUGAUUUAUGAGGAUCCUGUAACAAGUAUUGAUAUUGAAAAGCAAACUCUAACCACAAAUUCUGGCAAACUGCUGAAGUAUGGAUCUCUUAUAGUUGCUACAGGAUGCACAACCUCAAGAUUUCCUGAAAAAAUUGGAGGAAACCUACCAGGUGUCCACUAUAUCCGGGACAUUGCAGAUGCUGACUCCCUAAUCUCAUCUCUGGAGAAGGCAAAGAAAGUUGUUGUCAUUGGUGGUGGUUAUAUUGGGAUGGAGGUUGCUGCAGCAGCAGUGGGUUGGAAACUUGAUACAACGAUCAUUUUUCCAGAAAAUCAUCUUUUGCAAAGAUUAUUCACUCCAUCCCUGGCUAGGAGGUAUGAAGAACUUUACAAAGAGAAUGGUGUCAAAUUUUUAACGGGUGUAUCAAUCAAAAACUUAGAAGCUGGUCCUGAUGGACAUGUAGCUGCUCUUAAACUUGAAGAUGGAUCCACCAUAGAAGCAGACACGGUAGUUGUUGGCAUUGGAGCAAAGCCAGCUGUUAGUCCUUUUGAACAUGUGGGAUUAAAUACUACUGUUGGUGGCAUACAGGUUGAUGGUCUGUUCCGCACUAAUAUACCUGGAAUUUUUGCAAUUGGAGAUGUAGCAGCAUUUCCAUUGAAGAUAUAUGACCGCAUAGCACGAGUUGAACAUGUAGAUCAUGCUCGUCGAUCUGCACAGCAUUGUGUUAAGGCAUUACUAAGUGCACAGACUCACACGUAUGAUUAUCUGCCAUAUUUUUACUCAAGGGUUUUUGAGUAUGAAGGGAGUCCCAGGAAAGUGUGGUGGCAAUUUUUUGGGGACAAUGUUGGAGAGACGGUUGAGAUAGGGAAUUUUGAUCCAAAAAUUGCUACUUUCUGGAUAGAUUCUGGAAAAUUGAAAGGAGUUCUUCUUGAAAGUGGAAGUGCUGAGGAAUUUCAACUUCUCCCUGCACUGGCAAGAAGCCAACCUUCCAUUGACAAAACGAAGCUACAGAAGGCAUCUUCAGUUGAGGAGGCAUUAGAAAUUGCCAAAGCCGCGCUACAGGUUAAGCAGGCAGUUUAGUUGGACGUGCAGGCAAAACGAAAAUUCCCCAAUCAGUACACAAGAAAACAGCUCCAUGCACAGAUUUUCAAUAAUCCUGAACUGAAAAUUUCCAGUCUUCAGACUUUUCCCAUGCUAUGCAAUAAUUUUCCUGUACAAUAAAGCAGCAUGGAGGGAUAAGAGUUCUUUUGGGAGCAUUAAGGCAUCUAAAUCUUGUAAUAAUUGAAUCAUCCACUUUGUCUUUUUGUACCACACUUGAUUAGUCUUUUAGUUGAACAUUUGAUUAUUGCCAUUAUUUUAUGCCAAUUUAAUAUCACUUUCUGUUGACAUGAAGAAGAAUGGUAGGAAGGGGAAGACAAACAUCAUAUUCAGGUAAUUAAUUUACUAAUUGGGUUGGUUGACCUUCGACCUAGCAUAACAAGGAAAAGUUAACAGAAUAGAGACUUUUCUUUCUUCCUUGUGUAUCUGUAUACAUUUAUAUUCCCUUCAACACGCAUUCUCUCUCAUCAGAUUUCGUGUUGAGUGGUUAUUACAUUAAUUCUCUUCAAUCCCUGGUCAGAGCCACAAAAAUGAAGGUGAGGAGCUUCU